UGGCACUGUGCCGUUGUUUUGGUUUUAUAAAAAUCGAGGCAGAAAAUUACGCCGUUUACUCCCGUUUUUCCCCAUUUUUUUGGUUUUCCCGACCUGCCGAGUGGAAAAUAAAGGUCUGGUAUAAAUCUGCGGCAUCAAAAUGAUGGAACACGAAGCACCGAAGUUGCUUAGCGCAGAUCUGGAAGAUGGAGAGCUCUCCGAUAGCGAUGGCGAUGGUUAUACGCCCCUGCCAAGACCAGAACUGGCCAAAGCAGAGUACCAACUGGCGGCACCGAGUCACUCCCGACAGAUGGAUGUAGCUUCGGACGAUCCAGACGAUGAUGAUGAUAAUUUGGGACUGGAAAAAAGUGAUUCCGACGGCAGCUCGGAUGAGAGUACGAGCAACGUUCGCCUUGGUUCCUUGGCCAUUGCAAAGCGAAUGAGCGGCCAUUCAGCACGCACACGACCACCCCACCCGAAACGACCCAGUCCAGCAAGGCCUCCCAUGAAUGGCCAAGCACAUGGACCGCACCAAAAGGCACGUCCCAACAAAUACAACAUUUGGACCGAAAGUCUUCAAGAGGACACGCUGAUGGAGACGAUGCGGGGAUGCGAUGUGACGCCGCACGCGCUCCGCAGCCGGGAUGUGGAAUCGUACGAUUACAAGCUGAAGGAUCGCCUUCAAAGUGGAAACGCUUUCAAUCGGUUAAAACGUCGGCAGUCGUACUCGGAUGAUUCGGAUGGACCGGCGGCCUGUGGAGGCAAGCGCAUGAAAACGGGGCGCAACCAUUAUCCACAUGCCGCUGCGGAGGGACGCGAGCGACGAGUCAGUGUGAAGGAACGUAUCGGAAUACGGAAUAGCACCGAUACGAACAGUGAUGAUAGUGGUCAGAGUGCCCCGAGAUUUGCUUUCAGGCACAUUCAGGAUCUGAAUCUCGAGGACGGAUGUAGCAAUGAACAGUUUGCCUUUGAGCUUGCCGACAAACUAUGCGAGCAGCACACAGAUUUGUUGGUUCGAGUGGUAGAAGUACUCGGCAAGGAGAUACCGCUAAAAAUGUUCAAAGAAACUCAGAAAAUCGAAGCCGACGGUGGAAUGCUUGUGAUGAAAGGAUGGCGAAGAAGAACUCCCGGUGGAGUUUUCCUCUUCCUUCUCAAGCACUGCGAUGACGUCGAUGCGGAACUGAAGAAACAGAUUUUCACCGAAGACAAAAAGGCGAAGCAGAAAGAUUGGAAGCUCGCAAAGGCAAUCAACAGGGAUAAGAAGGUGGAGGAGCUGAAGAAAAAGCUAAAUCGACAAGCGAGCGAAACCGAACUACCUGCCAUUCCGAUGAUGGCGCAUCUGAAGGCGGAAACAAACAGCACGCUUUCAAACCCUCCGCCAUCUCCCGUUGGAGAAGAGAAUUACGAUGGGCAGCAGGACUUUGAGGCCCGCGAUAUUCACGUUAAUACGCUUAGUCCUGAGAAAAUCGGCAUGCUAACUGCGGAAACAGACAAAGAAGACUCCGAUACUGGCAUCGAGGAUCAAAAUCAAGCAGCGGAAGGUCAAACAGACUUAAUCGUAGAUACGAGCGUGCCGCAACGAAGCGUGCAAAGCUACCAGGACGAUUGUCUCGAUAUCACUUGCGACGACAUGGACAUGUUCUAGCAAGCCUUUGAGUAAACUGUAAACGACUGAUAGAGGACUGAUAAAGACGCCAAGCAUGCCUAACACUCAUUCGCCACCGGUAUUGAACAAAGGUAAUGUAAAAACAUGUAGAAGGCGCCGGAAGGACAGGAGGAAACCGAAACGGUUUGGUUUCCGGAGCGUACAGCCAAGAAUUGCAUGUAAAUACCGGUUAACUAUGUAUGCUGAAUUCUCGGCGCAUACGCCAUAAAAACGCUAUUUUGAAUGCUUA